CGUCACUGACAGAAGUAUGAGGAAGUGCUGAGCACAAUGCCUGUGACAACCUCACUGACAGGAAGCCCUCAGACGGGACUUUCUUGUUCAGUUCACCUUUUUGUGACAGGAAGUCUCGUAGAAAACACUAGAAACCAAUGUGCGGUUGGAAGGGGAAGGCGGGCCCAUUCACGUAAGAGAUAAUUCAAUCUAUCUCUGUGUUUCUGCCCCUUUCCGGCUUUGCCUUUUCCAAACACCUGACUGCAGUUUGCCCCUUUGCCGGAUGCUGUAUGAACAGGAAAGCCUGAGGGGGGAGGCCAAGAUGACUACACUGAGGCUGGAUGAGGAUGACAUGGCAGAAAUUAAAAGGGAUGCCAUCGAAUGCCUACGUCACUACCUGUGCGACAAACUGAUUGCGGAACGGCACUUUGAUUACUUGCGUUCGAAUAGGAUACUAAACAAGGACGACACCGAGGAAAUUAUGAACCAGACUACCAGCAGUAAAAGAGCGGGCGAGCUGCUGGACCGACUGGCGAAAAACCCAAAAGGCCUUGACAAGCUGAUUGAAUCAAUUAAACUGCUACGAACGCAGGAUUUCCUCAUUGACAAGAUCACAGACGAGGUACUCCGACUGAAAAACAAGAAGCUGGAAUCCAACAAAGGUUGCUGCCUGAGCACUUCGCCGGCCACACUGAAUGGAUUAAGUAGUGAUCUUUAUAGACAGUACUCCUCAGAUGGCAAGUUAUUGUCACCGGAAACAGAAUCCACGGUUCUUUAUCACCCCGAGGGUGAAUCCAGCCUUUCUCCUUAUUUUAACACAACCCUGACAUUAAACGAUCAGUCUGCUGUAGAAAACAGAGCAAGGAGCCCCAGGCAAAGUUCUCCCUAUUCACUUCGGCUCCCUAGACCCGGAGAAUUCGGAGCGCCUCCUCUGCCAGUGACCCUUCCUCAGGAGCAUGAAGACGUGUGUCUCAGCAUCCCCAUUGACAGUCAGUUUCAACCCCUAAGGUCCACUUCACCCUCCAACCUCUGAAAAUAACCAAGACGGCGGGUCAGAACGUAUUAUCAUCUGACAAAGCACCACAAUUUUGGAAAGAUUCUCAAAUAACAUUUAUGGACACCAAACUGUACCGGGAAUAAAUCAUGCAGCGUUUAACAUUAACACAAA